ACGGGCUGUGGGGAGGACACCACGAGAUCGAGGGACAGCACCAAAGGAUUAUCACAUGGAGAGAAGUCAUUUCAAACUACUUGUUCUAUUUGUGAUAAAGCAAUGGAGAGAAGUAUCUUCACACACCAGAAGGUUCACACUGGAGAGAAGCCAUAUCAGUGUUCUGAAUGUGACAAAGCUUUUAUAAAGAAGUUCAGACAUCAGAGGAUUCAUACUGGAGAGAAAUAUCAGUGUUCUGAAUGUGAUAAAAUAUAUCAAAUCACAUCUACACACCAGAGGAUUCACACUGGAGAGAAGCCAUAUCAGUGUUCUGAAUGUGACAAAGCUUUUAUAAAGAAGUCAAAUUUUGUCAGACACCAGAGGAUUCACACUGGAGAGAAGCCAUAUCAGUGUUCUGAAUGUGAUAAAGCUUUACACUGUGGAAGUCAAAUCUUAUCACACCAGAGAGGAUUCACACUGGAGAGAAGCCAUAUCAGUGUUCUGAAUGUGAUAAAGCUUUUACUCAGAAGUCAAAUCUUUAUCACACACCAGAGGAUUCACACUGGAGAGAAGCCAUAUCAGUGUUCUGAAUGUGAUAAAGCUUUUACAGGAAGUCAAAUCUUAUCAGACACCAGAGGAUUCACACUGGAGAGAAGCCAUAUCAGUGUUCUGAAUGUGAUAAAGCUUUUUACAUAA